AACACAACGCAAGUGACAGUUCACGGUGUGAGAGACAUGUGCUAUAGCCGAAUAGAAAACAAAACUGUUUUUUUUAAGAAAGAAUUUUUCUCGAAAUUUUUCCAUUCUGAAGAUGGAUGUGAAGGAAAUUUUUAGACAACUGACCGUCGGAGCGGUUUUUAAACCAGAGCGGAAAAGAGCGGCACCAGGUUCAGAUUUGAAAUCCGACAUCAAACUGGAAGAAGAGCCCACGGAAGAGACCAGCACCAACCCCAAGAAGAAAGGCAAACCAAUGACAGAGGAAAAACAAAAAAUGCUUCAUACGGAAAAGGUCAAUCACAUACGAAACAAACACCACAUCAAUGUGCACGGUGCAAAUCCCCCAGAUCCUAUUGAAACAUUUGAACAAUUAGUGAAUGAUUGUGCGAUUCCACAACAAAUUGUUAACAAUCUCAUUUCAAGUGGCUACAAAGAACCAACACCGAUUCAAAUGCAGGCUAUUCCGAUUAUGUGCGAUGGCAAAUCGUUGAUGGCUUGUGCGCCAACGGGUAGUGGAAAAACAGCCGCCUUCCUGGUGCCAAUUAUCAGAAACUUGAAGAAACCGAAGAACAAAGGAUUUCGUGCACUGAUCCUUUGUCCAACGCGUGAGUUGGCGAAACAAACCCAGCGAGAGUGUCUUCGGCUCGUCGAAGGUAUCGACUUGAAAGUUCACACACUGAACAAAAUCAAUCAGGCUGAAUCGAAAUACGGACCAAAAAGUAACAAACAAUUCGAUAUUUUGAUUACAACGCCGAAUCGUGUGUGUUAUUUACUCAAUCAGGAGAAGCCAAUUUUGGAUUUAAGCCACAUCGAAUGGCUAAUUCUAGAUGAGGCUGAUAAAUUGUUUGAAGAAGGUAAAAAUAGUUUUCGUGAUCAGUUUGACAAGAUUUAUGCGGCAUGUUCCAGCGAAAAGAUCAAUGUCGGCCUGUUCAGUGCCACAUGGACGAUGCCGGUUUCAAAGUGGGGCAAAAAGAACGCGAAAAAUUUGCACACAAUUUCAAUUGGACAACGAAAUUCAGCGACAGAUCUAGUCGAUCAGGAGUUAGUAUUCGUAGGCAAUGAGGCCGGUAAAAUGGUUGCGUUCCGAAAUAUGUUGCGCGAAGGACUGAAACCACCGGUUCUAGUGUUUGUUGAUAGCAAGGAUCGUGCUCAACAAUUGUACUCCGAGUUGAUUUACGAUGCCAUAAAUGUGGAUGUGAUUCACGCCGACCGAACACAACAGCAGCGUGAUGAUGUGGUGAAGUCGUUCCGCGAGGGAAAAGUAUGGGUUUUAAUUUGUACAGAGCUCAUCGGUCGUGGUAUUGAUUUUCUCGGCGUAAAUUUGGUUAUCAAUUACGAUUUCCCGCCAUCGGCAAUUUCAUACAUUCAUCGAAUCGGUCGAACGGGUCGUGCUGGACGCAAGGGAAAAGCCAUCACAUACUUCACUCAAGAUGACAAACCGAAACUCAGAAGCAUUGCAAAUAUUCUACGAAAUUCUGGUUGCAAAGUGCCCGAAUACAUGCUCACGAUUAAGAAACAAUCGAAAAAGGUGCGUCGUCAGCUCGAAAAAACCAUUCCAAAACGUGCAGACAUUGCCGUCGAAAAUCCCAAUAAGAAGAAGAAGGGAAAAUUCAACAAGAAACCUGGACCAGCCAAUGGCAAACAAAGCAAUGGAACAUCAAAAGAGAAACACCAAAAAAAUGGUAGUACGGCUGGAAAAUUUGUAAAAUUGUCAAAAAAACGAAAAGCAUCUGUAAGCGAGGGCAAUAGUUUAAAAGUGACAAAAAAGAAGAAGAAAAUUGACAAUUAAUUUACAUUGAGUUUUAAUAAAAUUGCGUAUAUUUUACAAUAAAAAAAAA